AUGAACGUGUUUCGUAAACGGGGACAACUUUGCGAUGUUGUGAUCAAAGUCGGAGGUCAAGAGUUCUUAGCACACCGUGUGGUUUUGGCAGCCACGAGUGAUUAUUUCGAUGCCAUGUUCUCAAACGGGAUGGCUGAAUCAGCGCAAUUGGAGGUCGAACUCAAAUCCAUUUCACCAACCGUGAUGGAUGCAUUACUGGACUACGUGUACACAGGACAAGUACAUGUAACCAUGGAGAACGUGCAAGACUUGUUACCCGCCGCGAGCCUUGUCCAAAUGGAGGGUGUAAAGACUGCGUGUUCCAAUUUCCUUCUGGCCGAGGUGGAUGCAUCCAAUGUGUUGGGUAUUAGACGGUUUGCUGAAUUGCAUAGUUGUUCGGAGUUGGAAACAUUCGCACGGAAUUAUGCGGCCCAUAAUUUCGAAACAGUCACAGACCACGAAGAGUUUCUCUGUCUGAAUCAUGAAGAACUAUUGGAUUUAAUUGUUCGCGAAGAUUUACAUAUUGAUAGCGAGGAAACGGUGUAUAUGGCUGUGAUGCGAUGGGUCAAUCAUCAGCCCAAGGAACGCUCCACGCAUCUACCUACACUGCUCCGAAAUGUUCGGUUGCCUGUGCUUUCGGUUCGGUUUCUCACCGAUGUGGUUGACAAAGACCAACUGAUUCGACAGUCCCUUGAAUGUCGUGAUUUGGUGGACGAUGCCAAACGCUUUCAUUUGCGUCCAGAUUUACGACAUGAAAUGCGUGANGGGACGGUGAAUCCGUCCGAUUCUGUUGAAAUGUUCAAUCCACGCACUCUGGAAUGGAGCGAACUACCGGACUUACCGAUCAGUUAUCGUUAUGUUGCUGCAUGUUCUCUGGAUACAUGUGUCUAUGUGAUUGGCGGUUUCGAUGGCCGGGAACGGUUGAACACCAUUUGCCUGUUGGAUAUUGCGCAACGUGAUGAAGGUUGGCGAUGGCUGACUUCCAUGCACUACAAACGAGGCCUGUCGGCAGCUUGCACUCACAAAGGUUCGUGA